ACCCCGUCCCGCUGCUCGCUGUCCUUAGGAAGAGGUCUGCACCCUGAUGAACAACAAGUACAGCGAGUUCCUGCCCAGCAUGCAGAGCGCUGAGGAUCUGGUGGCACAGGUGGAGGGACUGUCCAGCAACAUCGAUCUGCUCAAGGCGGACAUCGAGAACGAGGUCCAGCGYGAUCUAAAUGUCUCUGUUGCUGAAUUCACCAAGCUGAAGCAGCAGCUGGAGAGGGACACACUGGUGCUGAGCAUCCUGAAAAAGCUGCAGGAGUUUGAUACAAGCUUUGAAGAGUGCAGCACGGCCCUGCUGGAGAAGAAAUACGYGACAGCAGCUCAGCAGCUGGAGCAGGCCCAGAAACGCCUCAGCAGCCUGGAAUCCCGCAGGGGCUUUGAGCUGAAGAUCCUGAAGGCCCUGGGCAGGGAGCUGAUGGUGCAGACACAGAAUGUCAUCUACCACCUCGGGCAGGAGUGGCAGAAGCUCAUUGUGUGGAAGCUUCCCCCUUCCAAAGAAAGCAGCAGCCUGGAGGCCGUGCUGCUCUCAGAGCUGCACUUACACACGGUGCCACCCCAGGAGGAGGACACUGCUGUCCCAUCCAUCGCUGCUGUGCUGCAGGCCUUGGCUGUCCUGGGAGAKCUGCACUUCAAACUCAAAGGUUUUGGCCAGUUGUUGCUGCAGUACAUCCUGAAGCCACUGAUAUCAUUCCCAUCUCUGGAGCCCGUCACAGAGGAACAGCCAGAUGUGUUCAUUCUCAGGUUUAAAUUCCAGGAGCUUGCCUUGGACAAGUCCUCUCCUAUGGAGGUGUUUGACAAGAUCAGGCUGGUGUUUGAAGUUCUGCACAAACACCUGCUAAAUGUGCCUGUGGAGCAGCCUGGGGAAGGCAGAAAGGACAGCACAGUGACUCUGGCAGAGCUGCUGGGGGAGCUCCUGUGGGAGGAGCUCUCAGACUGCCUCAUCCAGAACUGCCUGGUGAACUCCAUCCCAACCGACAGCAGCAAACUGGAGCAGUACAAAGAGGUGAUUGAAUCCACAGCAGAAUUUGAGAAAGCCCUGAAAAAGAUGCAGUUUUUGAAAGAAGACACCACUGCCUUGUUGAAAUACGCCUGCAACGUCAAUUCCCACUUUGCCAACAAGAAGUGCCGGGAUGUGAUCAUGGCAGCCAGGAGACUGAUGACCUCAGAAAUACACAACACUGUGAAGAUCACACCCGAUUCCAGUAUAACCCCACCAGAGCUCGCUGAUCCUGGCACUGGAGACCACCCAAAAAUACACRGCCCCUGCAGCCUCGUGCCCAGUGAGACAGUGAAUUUGGGGGGUGAGAGGAGGCUGCACCAGUUCACCCUGUGCCUGCCCCCGUGCCGGAUCAGCUCCUCGGUGCAGCAGCUGGUGGAGCUGGCMUAUCACACCCUGCGGGAGGCCAGCAGCAGCUCGGAUCUCCGCUGUGUGCAGCUCUUCAACUGCGUCAGGAACGUCUUCCAGCUCUUCUAUGAGGUGGUGCCCACAUACCACAAGGAGAACCUGCAGAAGCUGCCCCAGCUGGCUGCCAUCCACCACAACAACUGCAUGUACAUCGCCCAGCACCUGCUCACCCUGGGCCACCAGUUCCGUGAGCGCAGCCCCAGCGUGCUGUGCAACGAGGCAGCCACCUUCGUGGACCUGGUGCCUGGCUUCAGGAAACUGGGGGUGGAGUGUUUUCUGGCCCAGAUGCGAGUGCAGAAGGGAGAAAUCCUGGAGAGGCUCUCGAGUGCCAGGAAUUUUUCCAAUAUGGAUGAUGGGGAGAAUUACCAUGCAGCAAAUAAAGCCAUAAAGCAGGUGUUGCACCAGCUGAAGAGGUUGGGCAUGGUGUGGCAGGACGUGCUCCCCACCACCGUGUACUGCAAGGCCAUGGGGACCUUACUGAACACAGCCCUGGCUGAGAUUGUCACCAGGAUUGCUGGCCURGAGGAUAUCUCUGCAGAGGAUGCAGAGAGGCUCUACUCRCUCUGCAGGAUCGUGCUGGAGGAGGCACCCCGAGUUUUCACCCCYCUGCUUGAAGAAGCUGAAAAUAAGAGGUACCAAGAGGAGGUUCCAGUCUACGUGAGGAAGUGGAUGACAUUCAAGAAGCUGAUGAUCAUCCURCAGGCCAACCUCCAAGAAAUCGUGGAUCAGUGGGCAGAUGGGAAGGGAACUCUGGCAGAGGAAUUCUCAGCAGCUGAGGUGAAGAGUCUGAUCCGAGCCUUGUUCCAGAACACAGAGAGGAGAGCGGCAGCACUGGCCAAGAUCAAGUGACUCCAUGUUUACACCUUGUGGCACAGCAAGACCAAACAGACUUUCAAAYAGCUUUUGGAUUUCACCUUUCUUAUUUACACUGGUCUGAAAAGCUUUGGAAUUGGGGAAGUGCUUCCUGGAGCUUGGCUGGGGYGGGGAUGGAGCAUUUUGUGGUGUUUGUGUAACCUCAUCUCACGCUGGGCUCAGGGCCCUGCAGGGGCCAUUUUUGUGCUCAGCUCUGACUCAUCUAUGCAGUUUUACAUCAGGGGACCUGCAGCCCCUCUGUGACCUCUUUGUCCCUGCAAAUCACACAUGGAACCCACAGACUUUGAUAUCCCAGGAAGUGCCAAACUUUGCCACCUCAGGUUCCUCUGAGCAGCAGAUCUCAAUGGACAAAAUUAGGGGGGAGAUGUGGGGAAAGGAGAUCCUGUGCUGAAUGAAGCAUUGAUUAGGUCCCAGAAUUUCACACAGGUAGGGAAAUUCUCUUAUUUCUCAUGSAAGAUAUCUUGAAACUGAGACAGAGUUUUUCAAUCUCACUUUCCUGACUGUAGAAGCCAGUUCAGCUCCUUCCUUGAUGUUUUUGUUGGGUGUCUUUUUGGUGGUGUAUUUUCUGUCCUUCAAGAAUAAUGAGAGAAAUGUAAACCGAUUUAAAAAGGGAAUGAAAGGUGCACUCACAGCAGUCUUUUCAGUCACAAAAGGCUACGUUUGACACUUGGAUUAAUGUACAUUGUUCAUAGAAUUGUAAAUUGCUAUUUUUAAUAAACUCGACUGAGCACAU